GUUCUGAUUCUACAAGUACAAAACACCCCGCCGACCCGGGUACAACGCAAAAAGCGGACGAAUUUCUGAUCUGAUUCGCGUUUUUGCCAUCUGCGUGUCUGAACCCAUUGCUACCAAACAGCAACCCCAACUCACAGUCAUGGCCGACUCGACGUCAAAACCUACGCCGCCAGCAGGAUCACCUGCGGCACAUUCUCCAAAGUCAGCCAGGUCUCCCCCAAGAACCAGGACUCCGUCGGACGCAGCUGGGCUGUCCCCCGCUGGAGCCACUGACCCGGAGGCUAAUAUCGCAAUUGAUGAUGGCGAAUCGGACGAUGCGUCUACCAUUGACGAUAGAAUCUCUUCGUACACCGCAUCUUUGUCCUCGUCCGUCGUUGACUACCCCACCGAGCAUGGUCGUCGUUACCACUCAUUCCGAUCCGGAUCUUACAUCCUUCCCAACGAUGAAAGCGAAAUGGAUCGACUGGACUUUUGCCAUGCCUUGCUGACGAAGACAAUCGGAAACAAACUGUUCUUGGCCCCGAUAGAUGAGAAGAGAUUGAAUCGGAUCCUCGAUGUCGGCACGGGAACAGGCAUCUGGGCCAUUGAGAUGGGUGAUAAAUACCCCAAUGCCGAGAUUCUCGGAAACGAUCUCAGCGCCAUCCAACCAGCUUGGAUACCGCCGAAUGUCAAAUUCGAGAUUGAUGACGUUGAAAGCGAGUGGAUUGGAGAGAAGUACGACUUCAUUUUCAGUCGUUACAUGUGCGGGUCCAUCGCGGACUGGCCAAAGUACGUGGCGCGCGUCUAUAAUAACUUGAACCCGGGCGGGUGGGCUGAGUUCCAAGACUGGAGUUUCAUGAUCUACUCCGACGACGGUACAAUCGAGGGCACUGAGCUUCUGCGGUGGGUCGAUCUUUUCAUGGACGCCUGCAAAGUCUUUGGCCGAGACGGACAAAUCGGACCCAAGCUGGAAGGUAUCGUGCGUGAAAACACCAGUUUCAUCAACGUUCACCACCAGCCGUACAAGAUUCCAGCGGGUCCAUGGGCAAAGGAUCCUCAUCUCAAGGAUAUUGGAAUGCUGGAAUUGAUUCAGCUAUUGGACGGUCUUGAAGGCUUCUCCCUUCGCCUUCUUUGCGGAGCUCUUGGGUGGACGAAGGAGGAGGUCCUUGUCUUGCUGGCUGGCGUACGAAAGGACUUGAAGAACCCCAAUAUUCAUGCGUGGCUGUAUUACAACGUGGUCUACGGCCAGAAGCCAGAAAAGGAGGAGUGAUGGCAAUAUAGAGUUUCUAAUUCUCGAAAAUACAAUUGGCGGGUUUAGGGCCUUGAGACUUGGGGUUGAGGAGAAUGUUCUCCAAGUGUGAUGUGCUAGCUCCAGGGGCGCACUGACAAGUGUUUAUGAAGGAGGCAUACUCCUCUCCUGAAGCGAAUCAAAGUGUCAAUCUUGUGUACUCACCCAUGCUCGUCUUCGUUAUCGAGACCCUUGAUACUCGAUUGAUUCUAGCUACCAAACCAACACACCAUACCUUAUACUAACUCUAUAGCCCAGCACACAAGUUUGAACACAAGAUUGUAAAGACGACUUGAAUACUUUCUGUGCCCCAUUUCACUGCAGUGAGUAGACUCUUGGUUGCCUCUCGCCUUGACGUUUCCUUUAUCCAAAGGCGCGUUCUGCAUCAUCCAGUUAUUCAUCAAUCUGUCUAGUUCUAUGUGACUAACGAC